AUGUUUUUGCGAUGUACUGAGCUUUUACAUCGGGUAUGUGAUGCACUCUCAGUAGGGCUUGGUCUUGAUGAGAACUUUAUGAGGAAUGCACAUAAGUCUGUCGGUAAGAAAGAAAAUCCGACAAUAAUACGUAGUUUGUACUAUCCACCAAUUCCACAGGAUGUGGACAUAAAGCCUGGUCAGAUACGACUUGGGGAACAUUCCGACUUCGGGACAAUAACGAUAUUAUUUCAAGAUGAUAUUGGUAGACACGAGGUUGAAAUUCCAGGGGAAGGAUCCGUACCAGCUACUCCGUUACCAGGAACCAUUGUUGUCAAUAUUGGUGACCUUUUGCAAAGGUGGACGGCCGAUACACUGGUGGCCACUAAACACAGAGUGCUCAUCCCAGAGGUAGAAUUUAGGAAAAGGAAACCUCGGCAGUCGGUUUUCUUUGUAAAUCGAUCCAGACAAUGA